CGGCCGUGUAAAAUGUAGGAAUUGAAACUCGUUAGAAAAUGUCCUGUGGAAAUAUACGGUAUUAAGAUGUCCCGCCUGGCAGACUACUUCGUUAUUGUGGGAUAUGACCACGACAAAGAACGGAGUGGUUCUGGUAAUGGUAAAAUACUACAGAGAUUUCCAGAGAAAGACUGGGAAGAUGUACCAUUCCACCAAGGCUUGGAAUUGUUUUGUCAACCGGGAGGUUGGGACCUAUCAUCACAGCGGACACAACCGACAUUCUUUGUAUCUGUUCUUACGGACAUUGAGGCUGAUAGACAUUAUUGUGCUUGUCUCACUUUCCACGAGACUGUUAGCAUGACACCCAAGAAACCAGACGACGUGGAGUCUGAGGAAGAUGGAGCACUCGUGCAGCAUACGUUGAUGUUUCAACCCAAGAGUAUAGCAUUAAUUUCAAGAUUAGAUUACUUUGAACAUUUUAGGAAUUGUUUAGGAAUAAUUUAUACUGUGUAUAUAGAAUCAAUGAACGUAGAAAUUGAAACCUUAGUUGCUAAUAUAUUAGGCAGUGUAUAUGUGCCUCCACCGGGAGGGCCACAGAUUUAUGAGCAAAUAAAAGGUGGUGAUAUUACCAGUAUCCACAAUGUGCUAUGUCUAUUCUGUGCAGCAAUGACAGACAGCAAGGUUUUAUUUCUAUCAAGUAGUUACUCCAGACUCACAGAUGCUAGUACAGCGUUGUUGGCAAUCUUAUUUCCAUUGAAGUAUAGUUAUGUAUAUAUUCCUGUACUGCCAAAUGCUUUGUUGGAAGUAUUAAGUACGCCAACACCAUUUAUCAUGGGUGUUCAUUCCUCAAAUAAAAGUGAAAUACAAGAAUUGUUGGAUGUGAUCGUGGCUGAUCUUGAUGGUGGAUAUAUAUCUAUACCAGAACAUCAGAACCUUCCGCUGCUGCCAGAUCAUAUUUAUAAUCGAGUACAUCAAGAGCUAACAAUGGUAUUGAGUCCAGACCUGCAGAAUGCAGACCACGCUUUCCCACCGCCAUCGCAGUCACAAUCAAUUCAACAAAUGCUAGAUAAGGAAAUACGCGCCAUUUUUGUUCGAUUGUUUGCCGAAUUAUUCAUGGGUUACAGGUCGUGUUUGACAAUCAUUCGAAUCCAUCCCGAGCCAGUGAUCACAUUUCAUAAGGGACUUUUUCUCUUCGAGCGAGGCCUGGCAGGAGAUGAUCUUCUACAAAAGGUAUUGAGCGGCAUGUCAUUUAAUACCUUUGUACAAGAGAGGGGGCCGCCAUUCAGGAUUUGCGACAUCUUUGACGAGGUGUCAGCAAAUAUCCAGGAAACACUGCUACAAGAAAAUAGAAAACCAGAUCGAAUGUUGCACAGUAUCCAGGAAAUAGCCAAACACAUGUACAUAAAUGAAAAUCCCAAUUCACAGCCAUACAGUCAGAAAAUUCCCAAACCCUGUGACGGUGCUUAUUCCAGAAUCCAUAUCCCAGUAUUCCGUGGAUUAGAUCCUGUCAGGGUGAAGGAGAAGAUCAAUGAAGGAGUCGCUAAAGCGAAUUUAAAAGCCCAGCUGCAGAAUAUGCGACAACCAAAACCACAAUUUGUACCACAUGGGCCCUCGCCUGGAAACCUUACAGCUAAGAUGAACAUAAUCAAUAACAACGCACGGAGACUGGAAGUCCUGAGGACGUGUGUUACAAAUAUAUUUGAAAAUAAAAUACUUGAUGCAAGAAAGACAUUCCCGGCGGUUCUGAGGUCUCUCAAGAGUCGAGUUGUACGCAAUGCUCUGACCAAAGAGUUGACCUUACAUGCGUCACAGAACCGAGCCAUGCUUGAGAGUCAACAGUUCGACCUGAUCGUAAGACUCAUGAAUUGCGCUUUACAGGAGGACGCAUGUACUGAAGAACACUCCGUUUCUACUGCCUUGCUGCCGCUCACAGGAUCAUUUUGCCGAAAAUUAUGUACUGGAGUAAUACAGUUUGCCUACACAUGUGUGCAAGACCAUCCUGUCUGGGCCAGUAUGCAGUUCUGGCAGGCCACAUUCUACUCUGAUGUACAGAAAGACAUUCGGUCCCUGUAUGUACCUCACGAUGAACAUAAAGAAAACUUGGAUUUAGACGAAGCAUUUACUGCAAGUCCGGAGUCGUCGCGGAAAACAACAGAGGGUUAUGUUUCACUGGAAAAGUCGGCAUUGGAGAUCGCAGCCGAGCAGAUCAGGCAGUGGCCUAAUCAACCCAAGAGUAAAAAGCUUGAGAUGAUAAGUAAUGAAGAAAGCACGGUUUAUAGUCAAGCCAUACACUAUGCAAAUAGAAUGGUGUUCAUGAGAGUACCGCUCGAUAUAAGUAAAGGACUUAAAAACAUGUUCAGCCACGAAGGGGAGAGUGGCAGCAGUAAUGUGUCACAUAGCGACAGUCUGGAAGGAGAGAGCGGUUUUGAAGAAGGGGAUAAUACCGACCCAGCUGGUAGUGUAGUGCGCUUCAUAUCAAAGUUUGUAGAUAAAGUAUGCAGUGAAGGCGAAGUCACGCCGGAACAUCAGAAAUCACUUCAUCAAAUGAUACCAGGUGUUGUUGCUAUGCACAUUGAAACAUUAGAAGCAGUGAACAAAGAAAGCAAACGACUGCCACCGAUCAAGAAGCCGAAGAUCUUAAAACCAUCAUUGCUGCCAGGAGAGGAGCUGGUUCUAGAUGGCCUGAGAGGUUACCUCAUACAAGAUGGCAGAGAAGAAGGAAGUGGCAUCAACUUAGGGGGUCCGCAACUUCUACCUGCAGAGGGCGCUCUUUUUCUCACAACAUAUAGAGUUGUCUUUAAAGGCACACCAUGCGAUAUACAAGCUUGUGAGCAGGUGGUGAUUCGUAGCUUUCCAAUCGCCUCAUUGAUCAAAGAGAAGAAAGUUAGUAUUAGUAGCAUGCCACACAUAGAGCAAUAUCUAUCUGAGGCGUUGCAGUUAAGAGCAGCCACGUUUCAGUUGAUGAAGAUUGCAUUUGAUGAAGAAGUCAAUCAGGAAAGGAUUGAAAUGUUCCGAAAAAUGUGUAAUAAGUAUCGAUAUCCACAGUCCAUCUUUCACAUGUUUGCAUUUAAUGGCAUCGUGGCAACGGCGACAAUGUUACAAACACAUAAACAAAAAGAUAAAACUGCCACUCUAAGGAAGCUGGCAUCCAAAACUUUCCUCCGACCAGCCUCACGAAAACCUGGAGUGAAAAACAAGCAACUCACAAGGAAACAGAAAUAUGUCUUGCCAGUGGAGCCCCUUGUGCCGAGGAGAGCCACAUUGCCCAAGCCAAUAGAUGGCACUCAGGUGAUAGUCGCCCUAACAGUUUGCUAUAUGAAGAUGAUGAUGAUAUGUAUGAUAGACUUUCCUUCCGGUUCCACUCCAAGUCUUAAUACUCCAACGUUUGGCAGAAGAAGAAUCAUAUCCGACUAUGAUGAAAGGCCAGCUGCCAUAGAUGAAUCUGAAAUUGAGAUCCAGACAAACACGUUGAAACCACCAGACCAGAUGACUGCCGAUAAAAUGAUGGAUCGGCCUUAUGUUCAAGAUUAUCAGAGGCUUGGUUUAGGAACUCCGGGAGCCGGAAGCAGACAAAAAACGACUGAACCGUUCCGGAUUUCUGAUAUCAAUCUAAAAUAUGCAGUGUGUAGAAGUUACCCGGCUCUGAUUGUUGUGCCAUCGAAUAUGACCGAUGAUAGUAUACGCAAGUUGGCGAAGUGUCACCGUCAAAACCGAUUCCCGGCAAUUUGCUGGAGACACCCAAGAACAAAAGCCUUGUUACUAAGGUGUAGUGGUUUCCAUGGCAAAGGAGUGAUGGGAAUGAUGAAGUCAUCUGUACAAAACACAUCUACAGGCACUUCAACUGAAACCAGCCGCAGCGUUGAACAAGAGAAGUUCUUCCAUGCUGUGGUAGCCAAUACACCAGUCGGUAGCCACCACAACACCGAUUCAUUGGUUAGUUUAAAUUCCGUCCUUACUCCUACAUCCGAGACAUCGGGCUCACCGCCACAAGGUCAUGAGAGCCCGCGCAGAGUGCAUCAUGGUCCGAAUGCCAUCUACCGAGCAAUGACUGGAAUUAGAGGGAGUGGUGGGAAAGCUGGAAAUACGCUCAAAGGUUUCACUAAAUGGGGCAGCUUGAGGAUCUCAAGUAGCGGCCAAAUGAAUAGUGGAACUUUAAAUACCGAUGUUGGUGCUCGUCUCGCACAAAAAAUAGGAGCCGGAGAAAACGGAGCAGAUAGCAAGGAUGGUGGUCUCAUACCAAUAGCAGCCAGGAAAGCAGCACUCUAUGUCUUUGGAGAGAAGUCACAGAUGAAG